AUGUUCAUUUACAGCUCUAUUCUUCUCUAUUCAGCUCUUUACAUUAGCCAAAUUACCGCACAAACAUGUGCAGCGGGAGCAGAUAAUGGACCAUGUCUCAACGGUGUUUGCUUCGCGGGUACCACAUGUUUGACAGCUUUGGACAUAUGCUGUUCUGAUACGGGAAUCAUCCCGGACACUACGUUAGCGAGUACGGUAGCCUCUACUCUUGCCUCAGAUUCGUCGGUUGCAUCAACAGUGACAUCUAUCACCUCAGCUUCUCUGGCUUCAUCAGCCACUACCACCACCUCAGCAACUUGUGUGGAUAAGCUUAAUCCACGAACUGGUGUUUCCGAUUGCUCGAUGAGAGCUAGCCUUUGCAAUGAUCCCACAUACCUCACAGUGAUGACAGAACAAUGUCCUCGAACUUGCGGUAGAUGCUCGAGUUCCUCGGGAACGAUCACCACCUGUGUCGACAAGGUUAAUCCAACAACUGGAGUUUCUGAUUGUCCUUCUUUGUCCUACUUGUGCAAUAAUGCCGCCUACACCACUUUGAUGACUGAACAAUGCCCUCGUACAUGCAACAAAUGUUCGAGUACCGGUGUGAGCUCUGCCACAACUACUUCAACUACCUGCGUUGACAAAGUGAAUCCAAGAACAGGAACAUCUGACUGCCCGAUGAGAUCCUCGCUUUGCUUGGAUUCCAACUACAUAGCGCUUAUGAGGACGGAAUGUCCACGAACAUGCGGAUUCUGUACCAGCACCGGAAGCACCGUAUCUGGUACGGCUACAGUAGCCACAGUAACUAGCGCUACGGCUACAACUCGAGCGGCUGGAACCUGUGUUGACGCCAUCAAUCCCCGUACCGGCGUGUCCGAUUGUCCACAGCGUGUCUCGCUCUGUAACGAUUCCGUCUAUCGAGAUCUUAUGCAGUCCCAAUGUCCACUAACGUGUGGUCUUUGCUAG